CCGGUGUGUAUUGUGUGUGUGUGAGAGAGGUAGCAAUUGCAGUGUUUGUGUAUCUAUGUGUGUGAGAAAUCCAUGUGUCUCUGAAACAGAGACCAUUAAGAAUGUGUGUGUGAGAGAGAGAGAGAGAGAGGAAAACUAGUGAUGUGUUGGUGUGACACCAAAGUGAGUAGGAGAGAGACUGUGAACCAUGGAUUGUCACCACAAGGCUUGCACAUAUAGCUUCUGUGAGGUUGCGGAGAGUGUGGGUGUGAGUGAGACAGAGAUGAGGGGCAGUGAGCCAUGGGUGUGUGUGAGAGAAUAAGAUUGGGGGUAUAUGUGUGAUGUGUGUGUAUCACCAUGUGUGUUUGUACCCAUGGCCUCUCUGAGACUGUGAUAUAUGUGACUGCAUAUGAUGUGCCUUCCGUUGGGUGCUUGUGAUUGUGUCCUCUGUGUGAUCAGGAGGUAUGUGAGGUCUUGGGCCAGUGUCUGUGUGUUACCCUGUAUGGUUGUAACUGGCCCUGUGUGACUGUGGUGUGUGUGGGGAAACUACUUGGAAGGUUGAUAGCUUUGGCUUCUUUGUGUGUGUUGCUUUAUGGAAUUGUGUGUUGCCAGGAUAAGGAUCCUGGAGUAGAAUUCCCUGCUCCCAGUCCAAGAGCUCCAGUGAGAAGCAAGAGGCGGGGUGACUGGAGCUCCUGCCUGAAGCAGGAGACACCCUCAGUUCUGGGUGACAAAAAGGAGGGGAAACCGAGGGCUUGAAGACAGAGAUGAGAGUGAAGGUGGCAGAAUUGGGUGCUAAAGGAUCCACUGUCCCAGGCCUUACCCUUCCAGGACAGUGCUGUUCUCCAAGAGAAAAGCCAGGAAAAGAAGGCGAAAAUGACAGUUGAACUAGUGAAAGCCAUACCUCAGGACUUGUUGACAUUCAAGGAUGUAGCAAUAGACUUUUCCCAGGAGGAAUGGGAAUGGCUGAACCCUGCUCAGAGGAGUUUAUACAGGAGUAUGAUGUUGGAGAACUAUCAGAGCCUGGUAUCAGUGGGACUUUGUAUCUCUAAGCCAUAUGUCAUCUCCUUAUUGGAGCAAGGGAAAGAGCCUUGGGAGAUGAAGAGUGAGAUGAGAAGAACCCCAUUCCCAGAUUGGGAAUCUGUAUAUGAGACACAAGAAUUACCUCUGAAGCAGUUUGUGUGUGAUGAUGUAUUAAUGGAGAGAAUUAUAAGCUAUGGACUUGAGUGUCCCACUUUUGGAGAAGACUGGAAAGGUGAAGAUCUUUUUGAGAGGCAGUUGUUAAGCCAAGAGACAUUUAUCAGGCAAGAAACAAUCACUCAUAAAGAAACCCUUACAGUGGAAAUAGACCACAAAUAUAACAAAUCUGGGAAAUUUGUCCCACUAGACAAUAUAGAAGAGAAUAUUUAUAAUCACAAGUCAGAUAAAAAAAGCUUUUCCAAAAAUUCCAUGGUAAUAAAACACAAGAAAGUCUAUGCAGGAAAGAAACUUUUUAAAUGUAAUGAAUGUGAGAAGACCUUCACCCAGAGCUCAUCCCUUACUGUUCAUCAGAGAAUUCAUACUGGAGAGAAACCGUAUGAGUGUAAGGAAUGUGGGAAAGCCUUCAACCAGAGUCAACACCUUGCCCAGCACCACAGAAUACAUACUGGAGAGAAACUGUUUGAAUGUAAGGAAUGUAGGAAAGCCUUCAGCCAAAAUGUUCACCUUAUUCAACAUCAAAGAAUUCAUACUGGAGAAAAACCAUAUAAAUGUAAGGAGUGUAGAAAAGCCUUCAGCCAGCCUGCACACCUUGCUCAGCAUCAGAGAAUUCAUACUGGAGAGAAGCCCUAUAAAUGUAAGGAAUGUGGAAAGGCCUUCAGUGAUGGCUCAUCCUUUGCACGACAUCAGAGAUGUCACACUGGCAAAAGACCCUAUGUAUGUAUUGAAUGUGGGAAAGCCUUUAGGCAGAACACAUCCCUUAUCCGUCACUGGAGGUAUUAUCACACUGGGGAGAAACCCUUUGACUGCAUCGACUGUGGGAAAGCCUUCAGUGAUCACAUAGGACUUAUUCAGCAUAGGAGAAUUCAUACUGGAGAGAAACCCUACAAAUGUAAUGUGUGUGGAAAAACCUUCAGCUAUGGCUCAUCCCUGACUGUCCAUCAGAGAAUUCACACAGGAGAGAAACCGUAUGAAUGUGAUAUCUGUGGGAAAGCCUUUAGCCAUCAUGCCUCACUCACUCAGCACCAAAGAGUGCAUUCUGGAGAGAAGCCUUACGAAUGCAGGGAAUGUGGGAAAGCCUUUAGGCAGAGCAUACACCUUGCUAGUCACCUGAGGAUUCAUACUGGCGAAAAACCCUAUGAAUGUAAAGAAUGUGGAAAAGCUUUUAGCAUCAGUUCACAGCUGGCUACUCAUCAGAGAAUUCAUACUGGAGAGAAACCUUAUGAAUGUAAGGAAUGUGGCAAAGCUUUCAACCAGAGAGCACACCUCGCACAGCAUCAUAAAAUUCAUACCGGAGAGAAACCUUAUGAAUGUACUGAAUGUGGGAAAGCCUUCAGCCAGACUACCCGCCUUAUUCAACAUCAGAGAGUUCACACGGGAGAGAAACCCUAUAAAUGUACUGAAUGUGGGAAGGCCUUUAGUGAUAGCUCAUCCCGCUCUCAGCAUCGGAGACUUCACACUGGCCAAAGGCCCUACGAAUGUGUUGACUGUGAGAAGGCAUUCAGAACAAAAUCGUCGCUCAUUUGUCAUCAAAGAUGUCAUACGGGGGAGAAACCUUAUGAAUGUAGCGUGUGCGGUAAAGCCUUUAGCCAUCGGCAAUCCCUUACCGUUCAUCAGAGAAUUCACUCUGGAGAAAAACCGUAUCAGUGUAAGGAAUGUAGGAAAACCUUCAGCCAGAUUGGACACCUUAAUCUACAUAGAAGAAUCCACACUGGAGAGAGAUCUUACGAAUGUAAGGAAUGCAGAAAGGUCUUCAGACAAAAUGCGCACCUUACUCAUCAUCAGAAAAUUCAUGCUGUAGAGUCAUCUCGGGCCCCCAGCUCUUCCUCACCCUCUGUGUCACCAAGUCCUGUCGAUAUGUCUGCUGAAUAUUUUUGGAAUUCAUCCACAUCUUUCCAUUCUCGUUGCCCUAGUCCAAAACACUGUCAUUUCACCUGGACUAUUCCAAUUGUCUAAUAACUGGUCUCCUUGCAUCCUCUUUUGUCCCCUUCAAGUUCAUUCUUCACACUACUGCCACAGUGGUCUUUUCAAAAUGUAAAUGUAAUUUUAUGACUCUCUUAAAACCCUUGCUAUGAAAUUUUGAACUACUUGAUGCAUACAAAGUGCUCAGCACAGUGCCUGAUCCAGACUAAGUGCUCCAUAAUAUUAGCUCAGUAUCCUUCAGAGUCUGCUUGAAAGUUAUUUUUAAACAAUGAACUCUGGAAGGCAGUAUAUGUACUUGGAGAUCAUAACAAUUUUGGAAGUGAAACAAUGUGGAUGAUGAGGAUUAGCAUGAGUAGUAUGUUUAAAGCUUGAGAUCACCACAAAAUAAGGCUGUGUUCCUUUGUUGGUGAGGAAAUUCAGUGUGACCUGAUACAUAGAAUAUGUUUUAGGAAAUGUCUAGAACUCUGGAUAAGACUGGAACAAAAGAACUAGAAUUUACUGGGAAGAAUGUAAGACUAUAUUUUUUCAAGGCAGAAAGUAAGAAUUCCUAAUAUUUAAAAUGGAAGAAACAGAGAACUUGAAUAGUGUAGCCCUCUUCUAAGACACCUGGGUUAACAGGUUAAUUCUAAACCUUCAAGGAAUCAUAAUUAAGCUGUUCUAGAGUGUAGAAAAAAUAAUUGAAAUGGAUUAUUUUGCAGUAUUUGGAAUACUUCUUUCAUGAGGCUAAUUCAACCCUAAUAUCAAACCCAGAAGAAAAAAAAUUAUAGAUGAAUUUACUCAUGGUUUUAUAUAUAGGAAGGAAAUUAUUAACCUCUGUUAAGGAGAAUAGAGGUUCUGAAUAAAUGGAGAUCUGUGUUUCUAGAUGGAAGUUUCAAUAUUGUGAACAUGUUUGUACAGUCAAUUCCGGUCACAAUCCCUAUAGGGUAUCUUUACAUUGACAGUUUUGUUUUGAAAAUCAUGUCGAAUGGUAAAUAGGAAAGCAUCACAAGGAAAUUUUUGAAAAAGAUCGUAUACCCAUGAAUUUAGUUUAUUGCAAAAGUAAUUAUUUUUGAUGUGUCAGGGGGAGAGAUGGAUUACUUAAAUGAUGCUUGACAGUUAUCCAACUGGAAAUAAGGUCAGAUCCACAUUUCACCCCUUACAGAGAAGUUCAUUCAAUAUGAUUAAAGAUGUAAUAGGAAACAAUAUUAAGAUUCUAGAAGAGAAUGUAGAAUAUUUCUAUCCCUUUGAGUUCAGGAAGGCUUUGGUAAGCAGGACACAGAGUCCAGAAGUCAUGAAAAGAGACAGAGUGAUAGGACCAUGUAAAAAAUUUAAACUUUUCCACGGUAUAAGACACUGUAUUCAAAGUUAAAAGGCACAUGACAGACUGAGAUAUAUUUUAACCAUAUAUUACGAAGCAUAUAGCCCUUAAAAAAGGGCUGUUGGAAAGUAGCAAGGAUAAGGUAAGAUACACAGUCUGACAAAGUCUGAUAAGAUGAGAUACACAGUAUAACAGCAACUCUUAAAUGAAGAAAUUAAAACAGUUAAAUAAAGGAGGAUCUCAAUUGCACUAAUGAUCAGAUAAAUGGAAAUUUUAAAAGUCCUCACCACCAACAUAAACCAGGACACAUUUUAUGGAUAAUAUCCAGUACUGUUGCAGAUGUGAGAAACCAUAUUAUUAUAUUACAUUGGGGGGGUAAAUAGGUGGAAAGCCAUUUUAGAAGGCAAUAUGGUGUGACCUGUCAGUAUUUAAAAUGUAAUUAAUCACUGCUGCAAUUCUACAUCUAGGAAUUUAUCUUCUCGAAAAGCACAGGUGCAGAAAUAUAGAUGCAUAAGCACAUUCAGUACAGAAUUUUGAAAAACUUGGAACGGUUUAAAUGUCCAGCAGUAGUAAAUUGGUUACUUAAUUGUGGAAAAUCACUUCAGUAGAUUAUUAAGCAGUCACUGGAAAGGAUGAGGUGGAUCUCUAUGCUCA